UCGUGGCGUUUUUUAAGCGACAGAUCGCGCAAAGGGCGGCUUCAGUUUUUUCAAGAGCAGCAGACCUGAAAUUAAAAAUAGGUUCUGUGCCGACGAAAUGACAAUGAAAAGCAAAUUUCGUGGGAUUUUUGUUGAUAAGGAUGAGAAAAAAUCUUUUUCUCCCCGAGAUAACGGCGCGUGUGCAUGCCGGAGGGCAGUACAGAUGACCAGGCUAUACUGAAUGGGUGUCCGUCCACCCCGCCUCAUUUUAAUUUACACGAAGAGUGGCAGGGGAGCCCCAGUUUCUUCUGGCAAGCGAUGGGGCACAAAGAGACCAGCAGACACCCACGCCUGGGCCACUUUCCCUGAAGCCAAUUAACCUGCCAGUAUGUGUCUGGACGGAGAGAAAACCGGAGUACCUGGAGGAUUUGGACCCUUUGGAGAACAUACAGUUAAUGCAAGCUGGGUGGCUGUACAGGAGCUGAAGACGUUAGGCCUUGGCAACGACGUGGACCUGCAUGUGUAUGAGGUGCCCGUGGAGUAUCAGAAAGUCCAGAGCUUGGUCCCUUCGCUAUGGAAACAGUACCAUCCUCAACUGGUGGUCCAUGUUGGACUCUCGGGGAUGGCGACAACGGUUACCCUGGAGAAAUGUGGCCGUAACCAUGGCUACAAAGGCCUGGACAACUGCAGUUUCUGCCCCGAUUCUCAGUGCUGCGUAGAGGGCGGCCCGGAAUGUAUAGAUUCCGUUAUUGACAUGGACUCGGUGUGCAAGCGGGUGACGGCCUCGGGACUGGGGGUGGCCGUUUCGGUGUCUAAAGACGCUGGCAGAUACCUCUGCGACUACACCUACUACACUUCGCUCUACCUGAGCCACGGGCGCUCGGCGUUCAUUCACGUGCCUCCGCUGGACAAGCCCUACAGCGGCGAAGAUCUGGGCCGGGCCCUGCGGGCCAUCGUCCUGGAGAUGCUGGACCUACUGGCCCAGGCCGAGGACAAAAUCAACUGCCAGCACGGGCACUGAGGAGAGCCAGCCGGGAGCUCCGCUUGACGGUUUGCACUUAGGAGAACGAACAGUCUGUGAAUUCCUCGCCUUCUCCCCUCCCCACACACCCCCCCAGAUCCAACCCCCACCCCCACCACAGCUCAUUGCCGAAGCCCACUCGUUUCACCACACCAGCGUACCUCCACAGUCCCAAAACCCGGGGAGGACAGGUGGAGACCUUCAGGUCGUUUGUACUUGCGAGAUGGUGGAAGGAGGAGGAAUAAAAGGAGCAGCCACCUUCAUGUCCUUCUGCUGGAAGGGAGCUGAUCGUGUCUCCAGUGCUGUCUGUGGCGUGAUGGACGUGCCACUGAGAAUAUUAAGACCCACAGCUCGCUGUCCUGCCCGAGGCUACUGUAACUCAGAUACUAACAACCAGCCUUACGAUUUGGUGUUUUAUGUAUUUUGUUCACUGGUGGUAUUGGAAUUUUCUUUUUUCAGGAUUGGCUUCUGCCUGUCUUUUUAUUUAAAUCAGACUUUAGAUUUCCUGUAUGUUGGCUAAAUUCCUGGGGGGGGGCAUGACUAAUCUUGUUAGCUAUUUCUGAGGGGCUCUGGAUAAUUUUAAAUUCUAUUUUUUUUUUUAAUUUGGUAGUGCGCGUAAAAAAUCAGUGAUUUGCUAAAAAUGAUCGGUAGACUUUUAUUACUCCUUUUAAAAAGUGUUUCAAUACCUCCCUCCUGAAAAGAAGCUUGGUCUUCAUUUUUUUAGGAGAGUUUGGCAGUUCAGAUGGUUUUCUAGUGAAAACAGCAUUCGUUCCUUGGUUAAAAAGGCUGGACUGUGAUCUGUAAUGUUUCCUAGGCAUUUUUGUUUUUACUUUUGGGAUCUUUUCUUUAUAAGAAGCAGUACUGUACCUUCUAAGGUGGUUUAAAUCGAGUUUUUUUUCAAGAUUUUUUCAAGAAAUUCAAGAUGUCAAACAGAUCUUCAACUCAUGUAGCAAUGUGAAACCAAGCUGGUCAUGAAUUUUUCACUUUGAAUCUGUAGUGUUUAAUUUUCAUAACUGUCAGACACUUUUCCUAGAGUACUGUACCUUACAAUUAAUGGCUUUAGCUAGGAAUAUUCCUACAACACCUUAAGAUUGCUCUCAGUAUGACCAUAAACCUUAAAUGCUUUUAAUUUUAAAAUCGCACUCGUCUUAGAUACAGUAUAUUGAACUGUGCAGUUGUGAUUUUAUCACUUUCCUAAUUCCAGGUUUCUUUGUUUUAAUGUUUACAUUAAUUAAGUCUCCAAUUGGGUAAUUGGGUUAUGUUCUGAAAUUGUGAUGGUUGUAUUGGAACCCUUAAAACUGUGUGGUAUAGAUAAGUGUUUGUUUUUCACAGAUGUUUGACAGGAUUUCCUCUGGUCAAGAACUCUCCUAUUUAGAACAAAAUUUCAGAUUCUUAAUUUGACCAUGGAGAGCAACUGUUGUGAUGCAUCUGAAGACUGUGAUAUUGACUGUGCUGUUAAUACCUUAAACUAGCUUGAACUGUGCUGUCUUCAUUGUUGAGCCAAGGUCUUGCACUUGCAUCUUUGUGGAUGAUUACACUUAAUUUAUAGCUCCCCCUUGUGGAAUUGUACCUUUAUUGCGGCGAUAGUCUAUCAUAAACCCCUUAUACUAGAAAACUUCUGAACAUUUCGUUUUCAAUGGCAUCAAAUCAUUAAUUGGUCAGCUGGAUUUUGUAUAUUUGAUAUUGUUUCCAUCAAUGUUCCUUUGAAAGCCUGCCUGUCCACCUUUUCUGAGCAGGAUUGCAAUCAUGAAAAUCCACGCUUGCAAGAAACUAUUUCUUCCUUGGAUACAAACGUGGCCAUCAAAAUGAACUGCUGCCGCAGUUUACAGACAUUUUGAAUUCCGGAUUGUAUGAAUACAAGCUUUAUGCACUGUGUGUCACUUAUAAAUUAGUCCAUUAUAGCAGCUCUACAUUUCGGCAAUAGUAUUGUCUAAAGAAAAUGUGGAUUUGGGGUGACUGGCAUCAAUCAGGAUUAAGACCACUGGUCUGUGAUAGGUAUUGUCACUUCAUUUUAAAUUAAAGUUCAUUUUGAUUGGCUCUUGAUUGCAUGCAGAAACCAUGCCUGUCACACACCCGAUCCCUACUUUUAGCUUCUCAUCAAUAAACAAGGAAAUUCAGCCUAAUGAAAUCUUGUGACCUGUACACCUGCUCUUUGCUCUUGAAGAUGGUUUAGUAUUUGUAGAACUGGAUCUGUAUUAGCAGUGCAUUACGGUAAUGACUUAUUUUAUUCGGAUGGAAACAAGUCACUUGUGAGACGAACUGUCCCAUGGUGAAAAUUUUCCUUUUUUCUUUUUCCGUUCAUCCUUGACCGCGAACUCCAUUUCUGCCACUGUGUAAUUACCAAGAUCUUAAAAAGAGCCUAGCAGAAGCAGUUUCUAGAAUUGCAGAUGAUGCAGAAAGAGUAGUGGGUUUGUAAAGGAGAACCAUGUUGAUCAGAGAAUGAGGGAGUGACUGGAGGAGGGGGGUGUGGUUGUGGAAGGAAGGUUGUCACUGCCUGUGUGUUCUGUGGUGAGAGUUGCCUCUUCCUACAGGAUGGUGUAAAAAGACAAAUAGUUAAACUGCCUUGGGUGUAAAGAAAAAAUGCCUACUUUACGUGAUGAAGAACUUGGUGUCAUGGGACCCCGAGUGUCAAUUAAGCAUGCAUCAGUAAAGGAUGUCUCUUGUUAACAGUGCCUUUUUAAACCAAAACAUAAUCUGGGGUGUUGGAAAGGGCUGUCCAUGCUACUUAACACCAGUGUUACCUUAGUCAAAAUCUGAGUGUCCUCAACAUCAGGCCCAAUUAAAAGCUCUUUCCAGUAUAUACUGUACCUACCUCUGUCAUAAUGCUCCCUUCUUUGAAAUGAUUUUUUUUUGUGUGCUCUAUAUUUUAAUGUGGCAUCUAGAUUUAUAUCCAAUUCCACUGUAAGGAAGUAUAUUUUUCCCAUUAUUUGGUAUCGGACUUUUAAGCCGAAUCUUGUCUUUGUAAGUGACAUCAAAAUAGAAAAUAUGACAAAACUGGGCAUGUUGGGCCCCUGUAGUGAAGAAAAAUUAAUAAACUCUUUAUUCUCCAGUC